AUGCCGCCGCAGGAGGAGGUGAUGAACGUGUACGCGAGCUGCCAGGACGAGCUGAUCAUGUUCUCCUACCUGUGCGGCACCGUGUACGUGGGGUCGUACUGCAUGUUCUCUGGAGAGCUGGUCUCUGGUUUCAUGUUUUUGCACGAAAAGGUGGGAGCGGAAGGAGGAGGAUACUCAUGGCAUCGCAGCAGUAGAGUCGCAGAUGUGGGCGGCGCUUGUUGGCAAGUUUCGGGCCCGCGCGCGUUAGUGGCGGUGAUGCUGUACUGCGGGGCCGGGUUCUUGGGAGGCAGCUGCGCGGUGGCGUUGACCAAGAAGUUCGGCGCGCUCCACUCGGCCAUCACGACCACGGCCCGAAAGGCGGUGACCUUGAUGCUCAGCUUCGUGUUCUUCCAGAAGGCCUUCACUCCGCAGCACCUCGUAGGGGCCACCGUGUUCAUGAUCGGCCUUCUGGCGGCGGAGUCGGUCGACAACUCUCCGGCCGCGACGCCGUUUAUUCAGCCGACCCAGCGAAAACACCUGAGCGACGCAGAGGCCGGCCAGUUGAGCCCGGCCGCGCUCUCCUCGGGCGGUAGCGGCGGCGAUCCCUGCAGCGGCGACGGCUAUGGCGGCGUGCGCGGCAGCCACGCCGAUACGGCCUGCACGCAAUCCCCUUCCCCGGUCCGGCAAAAGGGCCCCGCGUCUCUCGCGGGAGCCUCUGGGGGCAACCCGGUUAGGCACAGGGGCAACCCAAAGCUCUGCGGCGGCCCCGCCGCCAGCGGGGGGGGCGGGGUCGGAAGUGAGAGGGGCAGGGAAGGCGCGGGCGGAGGCGGCCAGGGGGGGCACUGGGUAAGGCAGAAGCAGUUCUCCCCGCCACGGUCGCCGUUCCGCGCCAGGAUUGCUUCGCCCCCUGUGACGGGAUUGGGCAUGGUGGUUUGACAGAUGACGGUCCGAGCCCACGCGCGACGUCUUCCUU